GAAAAAGAAAGCCCAAAAUCAUGACAAACCCAAGCCGAUCGAGAGAGAGGGAGAGCGAUCUCAAGAAUGGGGAUAAAGGAGGCGUCGGAGUCGCCGAUUCGUAUUUGGAAUUGAAGGAAAAGGGAGAGAGGGAGAGAGAACGAGAGGUAGGAGACGGAAUCUGCCUUUGGCCUGUUCUUUGCAUCCACAAUCCUCCACGCCGUUCGAUAGAUUUUUGCUAAAGGGAAGAGGCCUUUCUUCGCCAUCGCCCCAUUUCUUCCUUCCUCCCUCCCUCUUCUAUUUGGUAUCUUCUUUUUCAUCAUCUCAAAGAAGUUGCCUUUCGCUCCACCCUUCUUCCCGAGUACUCAUCUUCGACCGAUUACUCAUCACUGAGAGGAGAGAGAGAGAGAGAAAUUUAGUGCAGAAGGAAUCAGAUUGCCCGCAUCGAAGAGCCAAAAAAGGGCGUGUUUUUAAUCUGGGAAUCAACGGAUCCGCCAACGCUAUUCGUUUGGUUCAACUGCCUCGCCGCUAUGGAGUGCAUAUUGGAAGUGAUCAGGACCCUCCCGAUGGGGUCCUGCCUGUCGUCUGACGGAUGGAGCAGCGGCCGCAACCCGUCGUCCCCGGCGUCGCCUGCUUCCGGGGCCAGGCGGCAAGGCGGAGGCAUAAGGAGGCGACGGCCGUCGCCGGAGGAGGAGGAGCUGGACGGAAUCUGGGAACGGAUGUGUCGUAAUGGCGCCACCAGCGCCGCGUCGUUGUUCACCCAGCAGGGCAAGAAGGGGACCAAUCAGGACGCCAUGAUCGUCUGGGAGAAUUUUGGUGAUAGGAGUGAUACAAUCUUUUGUGGAGUUUUUGAUGGUCAUGGUCCAAAUGGCCACAUGGUGGCAAGGAAAGUAAGAGACAUCCUUCCUUUGAAUCUAUGCGCCAAUUUGCAGCUAAAUGCAGGAAAUCAUGAUUUGAAAGAAAACAAUAUUAAUAUCAUGAAUUCUGAGGCAAUUCCGUCGACAAUUCCUCAAGAAGAUCCCAGACCUCCUAAUGGCUGUGAUGAAAAAGACAGGCAUUCAAAAUUCUUUAAAGCACUGAAAGUUUCAUUCCUAAAGACUUUUCGAAUAGUGGACAAGGAACUGAGACUGCAUCCGGAAAUUGAUUGCUUUCUCAGUGGGACAACAGCAGUCACUCUGGUCAAGCAGGGUGAAGAUCUUGUCAUUGGAAAUGUUGGAGACUCAAGAGCAGUUUUGGGUACUAGAGAUGAAAACAACUGUUUGAUUGCAGUCCAAUUGACUACAGAUCUCAAACCAAGCCUUCCCAGGGAAGCUGAAAGAAUUAGGCGUCACAGGGGCCGUGUCUUUGCCUUGAAGAAUGAACCAGAAGUGGCUCGGGUAUGGUUGCCCAAUAUGAACUCCCCAGGCUUGGCUAUGGCACGGGCUUUUGGAGAUUUUUGUUUGAAGGAUUUCGGUUUAAUUUCUGUUCCUGAAGUUUCAUACAGACGUGUUACAGCAAAAGACGAGUUUAUCGUCUUGGCAACUGAUGGGGUUUGGGAUGUUUUAUCAAACAAAGAUGUGGUAAGCAUCGUCGCCUCCGCUCCAACAAGGUCCUCUUCUGCUUGUUCUCUUGUUGAAUCAGCCGCUCGCGCCUGGAAGUUGAAAUAUCCAACGUCCAAGACUGACGACUGUGCUGUGGUUUGCCUCUUCCUUAAUUUAGACAAACCAAACUCCACUGUCUACCGUAAAGAUGAUCAACUCAAUAGCAUCGAGGUUGUCAGUUUUUAUCAGAGCAACGGCAAGCAUGCCUAAGGUUUCAUUCAUACCGGCAAUCUAUCCGAUCUUGGUGUGCUCUAGAACGUGAGUAUAAGCUGCCACAAGAAGAACGUCCACCAAUUCUCUUCCUGAUUGAAACUUCCAGUGUUGGUGAGAAGAACAGCCCGACUAUAUUAGAAUGUCAAGGUGUUGUCUCUUUGUGUGC